AGCGGCGUGUUCUUUUUUCCCGGCUUCCUUGUAGGUGGACGCUGGCGCUUCACUACCUGCUUCUCACCGCGGCUUGUGUUGUGCUUCGGCUCCUUGCCUCGUUGUCCCCCAGCUUCGGGAGCAGCUGCUCUGGGUCGCACGCGUCCACCAGCGACAGACCCAUGGCCGAGCGUGGGGAACUUGACCUGACUGGCGCCAAACAGAACACCGGAGUGUGGCUGGUCAAGGUUCCUAAAUAUUUGUCACAGCAAUGGGCUAAAGCCCCUGGAAGAGGUGAAGUUGGGAAACUACGGAUUGCCAAGAAUCAAGGAAGGACCGAGGUGUCAUUUACUUUAAAUGAGGAUCUCGCAAAUAUCCAUGAUAUUGGCGGAAAACCAGCUUCAGUCAGUGCUCCAAGAGAACAUCCUUUUGUCUUGCAAAGUGUUGGAGGACAAACAUUAACAGUAUUUACUGAGAGCUCAUCAGUCUGCUUGCCCACUUGUAGAUGCCCUUCAAGGAGAAGUGAAGCUAGUGCUGCUACAGGAUGGGCUUCCAUGGGAUGGGAAGAUAAGCUUUCAUUGGAAGGAAUAGUGGUACAAAGAGCUGAAUGCCGACCUGCUGCAAGUGAAAACUACAUGAGGUUAAAAAGAUUGCAAAUAGAAGAAUCUUCUAAACCUGUAAGGCUAUCACAACAACUGGACAAAGCUGUGACAACCAAUUACAGACCUGUUGCCAAUCAUCAAUACAAUAUUGAAUAUGAAAGGAAAAAGAAAGAAGAUGGAAAAAGAGCUCGAGCUGAUAAGCAAUACGUUUUAGACAUGCUAUUUUCGGCUUUUGAGAAACAUCAGUAUUACAACCUCAAGGACUUGGUGGACAUCACAAAACAGCCUGUGGGGUACCUGAAGGAAAUCUUAAAAGAAAUUGGUAUUCAGAAUGUAAAAGGGAUCCACAAAAACACAUGGGAGUUGAAGCCAGAAUACAGACAUUACCAAGGAGAAGAAAAGAGUGAUUAAGAAGACUGUAAGCCAGCAUACUAACAGAACUCAAGGGUGAUGUGUUAAGCAUACUGCACUGAUAUUUGAACUUGAACGCCAUCUAUUAAUAGGAGUAAAAUGACUGAUAUUAUAAUUUCUCUAGGUAAAUUUUUUUAACAAUUCUUGAAAAGUUACUUGGUUUUUUCUUUUUUUAAAGAAAUAACAAGUUUAUUUAUAGACUUAAUUUGUAUUAAACCACAUUAUUCAUGAUGGGGAUAAGAGGUUAUGUAACUAAAGCAAAUCAAGGAAAUAACUAUCCAUUGAAAUAAAUAUUUUUCGGUAUUUAUUUUUUAACAGCAGAACACCAGAAUGCUGGGGUUGAGUGCCACUGCACUAAGAAAAUUUUUAUCCUUGCAUUCCCACCCUAAAAUAAAUUCUGAUUAAGGAAGGCGGUCCCAUUUUCCUACCCUGCCUCCAGUUGUCUUUUCCUACUUUGUUCUGGUGUAGGAACCAAAUCACUUCCCCAUUGUCUUCCAGUUCUUAAUUAUUUGAGAUUUGGUAUCAGGGAGCAGAUGGAUAGUGCUGUGAUAAAUCUGUAUAGGACUGAAAAUUCUUGAUGCCUGUUGUAUGCUUGGUUUGUAGCAUAUAACUUUCUCAAAACCUUGUCUUUUUAUGUUUGGAACUGCCCUGAAACACACCUGUGUCUUCUACCCCUGCCUUUUGUUUUUGUGGUGACAGUGCCUGCCAGGUGGAACUUGGUGGCUGCUAAUAGCAUUUCCAGGUCAGAGCUGUGUGUCAUUUAAAGUUAUGUUUUGAUAUUUCUGGAAACCUGGUGUGUUUGGUUUUUUGGUGGUUUUUUUUUUCAGCUUAUUUUAGUUACCUUUAGCUCAUCAUACCUGACAGUAUCUAGCUUGAGUCUUUUAAACACUUAGUUUGAGUCUCUUAAACACUUGUUACCUUUCAGUAGAAUAGCUAAUCUGUGUGGGAGACUGGUGUCAUUCCUAAUUAAUUUUUUGGAAUUGCUUUCUUAAUACUAAAAUAUUGGCCAUGGGAGAGACUCCCUUUCACCUGGGUUUCCAUACUUUCUUUUCUUUAAGAUUUUAUGUAUUUAUUUUUAGAGAGGGGGAAAGGGAGAAAGAAAGAAUGGGAGAGAAACAUCAAUGUGCGAGAGACAUAUGGAUCAGUCAGUCACCUCUUGCAUGUCCCCAGUUGGGGACCUGGCCCACAACCCAGGCAUGGGCCCACACUGGAAAUUGAACCGGUGACCUUUUGGUUCGCAGGCCAGCUCUCAGUCCACUGAGCAACACCAGUUAGGGCUGGGUUUCCAUAUUCUUUUAUUUCAGGGCUCUCUUACUCUAAUAAACAUACUUUUUGACAGCCAAAAAUGAGGAAGUAAAAAUCCUAAACCCUAAACCAUUGUGAGAUUGAGAGGAAGGCUGAUAUACAGGAAGACCUUAUAUAAUAGGUGAGAUUGUUAAACUCAGCCAGUACACUCAUUUAGGGCAUGUUGUAACUGUCAAAAUGUAAUAAAAUUAUGGUUGCUGGGCAUUGGAAAGAUUUGAAAUUACAUGUUGCCACAGUAACUUCUGAAGUGAUAUAUCUUAAAAAAGAAAACAAUUUGCUCUGUUGUAUCAUAAGCAGCUCUUGGCGGAUUUCAGCAGAGUUGCAGUUCUUAAGGGUCUGUGAACAAAUUUUCUUUGAAGCAUAUUUUGAUCAAUGUUGGUACAUAUCAGUGAAAUAAGAGUAAAUAAACACUUUUCAGGUCCCUUUGUGCCUGACAAUUUGUUAAAUACUCCAAAAUAUCUCAUCAAAUCCUCAGAAAUAGUGCUGAGAGAUAAUACCCAUUUUAUAGAAUCAUUUCCUGCCCAACUUACAUACCUUUGUGAGCACUGCUCCCCCUUUGGAGGAAUGCUACUGUUCGGACAAAGUGAGUACCAGAGUGUGCUCCCACAGAACCCACCCUCCCCCGAAGCCCCACUCACCUCCAGACCAGGAAAGCAGUGCGGAUUGCAGAGACAGUUGUGAGGAGAGGGAAUUUGUCUCUGGCAUCCAUGCUUGAAUUCAGACAUCUAAACACCCCCACUCACCUCCCCCUUUAAAGUCAAGAUCCUUUUGCUAAAUUUUGAAUUUCUUUUAUACUUCAAGUAGCCAGGUCGGGUGUGUGGCAUGCGACUUUGGAGUGGACUCCUUUAGACCUCCGUUGGAGUUAAGGAGCCUGGUGGAAUGUGACAGGGUGGGGCACUGAGCUGAAGGGGAGCUGCCUUGGAUUAAGACUUCACUUGCAACAGGCACCCUUUUUGUAUCAAUACAUUGGCCAUCUUCCCUAUCAUUUGUGUAAGAGUCCAGGAGAUGAUAAGCUGCUUCUCUUAUUGAGUUGUCUUUCUGAUGUGUGUCCAGAGCAGGUUCCUGAGUCUCAUAUCUUUUGCAUAAUGUGUAAGAGGAAGUAUCAGAGAUCACUUUUGAACCUGACUUCCCUUCACAUACUCCCAUUCUUUCUUCCUAUUUCCUUUGAGCAGGUACCACUGCCCAUAAUAUAUUAACAUGAUGUAACUUCUGACAAAUGAGCUGUGUAAGGCUUUAAUAGUUUGUUAUAAGAAAAUUAACAGCUUUUAUCUGAUUUUGUUAGAAAUCAUCUAAAUUAAGGACUUUUUAGAUGCUUUAGCUUACAGUUUAAAGUAGAUUCUUUGAAGUCAUUUAGGCUUAAAUUUUAGGUUUUUGAAGAAUGAUUUUCUUAAAGUGUACCAUAUUUUUAAAUGUUGAAAUUUGUAUUUGUAAGGUCUAAAGUAGAAGGGUUUUUUUUUUUUAUUAUUUUGUGGAAAUGUAAGUAUACCAAAAGAACAUGUUACUGGACUAAAAAUUUUAAUUUGGUAUGGUCAUUGAACACAAUGGCUAUUUAUUUGGAAAGUAUUUAAUGACCAUGAAUAUAUUCCAUGCACUGUGGAAUAUGAACGCAUAAUAGUCUAGUGGGAAAUACAGAAUGUAGACAGGUAACAAUGCCAUGUGGAUACUGAAGUGUGAACUAAGUGUUACAGUCAAUCAGAAUAUUGCAGUUAAUUCAUCAUUCCAUUUAGACUCUACCUGGAUUUCUAGUUUUUAAAGCAUUUGAAUGCAGUAAUACAUACUUACUUUGAAAACUUCUUGAAUAUAAUUUAACCAUUGAUAAUUUGUAAUACACAAAAGGAUGUAUACAAUGCCUAAGAUCAUUAUUAUGGAUACAUAAAGUAGAUGUCUAUAAUACAUCGAUCUCAUUAAUAGAAUGCUGAAUUAAAGA